AUGACAUCCAAAAUUGAUCCAGCUAAAUUCUUACAAGAAACAUGUAAAAAUGCUGAGGAUGAUGAUGUAUUUUCAGACACAAGAACAAAAACAAUAGCAGAUAGACAAAAUGAUUAUCAAAAAAGAUGGAUGAAUCGUGUUUUAUCCCCAGAAAGGGUAGACCCAAUGAUUGACCAAACACCUGAUGUUAGGGAUCGUAAUUUUGCACAAGUCAUGCAAGAACAGCGUCUUCGUGCUGAGCAACAAGCCAUCGAAAAAGAAAUGAUUGAAAAGGCUAAAAGUGGUACGCUAAAACCAUUAUCUCCUUCAGGGCCUGUACAAAAAAAAGCAAAACUUGAUGAUGAAAAAUCUGUUGAUACUUUAGGUGGUGGGUCAGUAAGAUCAAAUAACUUGGGUGCUCCUAAACAAAGAAUCGUCAUUCCAAAACUUUCGGCAACAGAUUCUACUCCUAAUGUGAGUAGAUGGGAUGAAACUCCUGCACCAGGACAACCAUUAGAUGCAACACCAGUGAAUAAUCAACAUUGGGAUGCUACUCCUGCUCCAUCAUCUACUAGAAGAAAUAGAUGGGAUGAAACACCAAAGACAGAAAGCGAAUUUGCAUCUUCUGGAUGGGGAGCAGAUACUCCAAUUAAUUUAAAUACUGAUGAAUUUGAACCAAAGAAUGAAUCCACAAGGUCUUCUAGACAACGAAGUCGUUGGGAUCAAACACCAUCAAUGGAAAGUAUGGGUUCUGAAACUCCUAUGCUAAAAACGGAGAAUUUAGAAACACCAUCUGGACAACUUGCCAGUAGUAUGAUGACUCCUGGUGGGGCUACUCCAGCUGGAGUUGCAGCUAUGGGUAUGCAAACACCAGCUCCAGGUUUAAUUCCCAUGACACCAAGUCAAAUUGCCAUGGCACGUUAUGAACAAGAUAUUGAAAACAGAAAUAGACCUUUGUCAGAUGAAGAAUUAUCUGCACUAUUUCCUAGUGGAUAUAAAAUUGUUCCUCCACCUCCUGGAUAUGUUCCAUUACGAACUCCAUCAAGAAAAUUAUUUGCUACUCCAACACCAAUUCAUGGAACAGGUACCGGCUUUUUUAUACCUGAAACACCUGGAAGAGGUGGUGGUAGUGGGGAAGUUGGUGUUGCUGGUAUUGUAGAUACUCAACCAAAAGAUAAAGAAUUACCACCAUUGAAACCUAGUGAUUUACAACAUUUUGAAAAAUUAUGUCUUGAUUUAGAUGAAAAUGUAAUGACAAAAGAAGAAAAAAACGAAAUUGAAAUAAUGACAUAUUUGUUAAAAAUUAAAAAUGGGACACCACAACAAAGAAAAAGUGCUUUACGUAAAAUAACAGAAAAUGCUCGUAGACUUGGAGCUGGUCCUUUGUUUAAUCAAAUUCUUCCUUUAUUAAUGUCUCCAAGUUUAGAAGAUCAAGAAAGGCAUUUUUUAGUUAAAGUAAUUGAUAGAAUUUUAUACAAAUUGGAUGAUCUUGUUAGACCUUAUGUUCAUAAAAUUCUUGUAGUUAUUGAACCUCUUCUUAUUGAUGAAGAUUAUUAUGCUAGAGUAGAAGGACGAGAAAUUAUUUCAAAUUUAAGUAAAGCAGCUGGUCUUGCUACAAUGAUAUCAACUAUGAGACCUGAUAUUGAUAAUCCUGAUGAAUAUGUUAGAAAUACAACAGCUCGUGCAUUUGCUGUUGUUGGAUCAGCUCUAGGAAUUCCAUCAUUGAUACUAUUUUUAAAAGCUGUAUGUAAGUCAAAAAAAAGUUGGCAUGCUAGACACACAGGUAUAAAAAUUGUUCAACAAUUAGCUAUACUUAUGGGAUGUGCUAUUGUUCCACACUUAAAAUCUUUGGUUGAAAUAGUUGAAAGUGGUUUGAAAGAUGAGCAACAGAAAGUACGAACAAUUACUGCAUUGUGUUUAGCUGCUUUAGCUGAAGCUGCAACACCUUAUGGUAUUGAUGCUUUUGAUUCUGUUUUUAAACCUCUUUGGCAUGGUAUUAGAACUCAUAGAGGUAAGAAUUUGGCAGCAUUUUUAAAAGCUAUUGGACAUUUGAUUCCAUUAAUGGAUGCUACAUAUGCUAGUUAUUAUACAAAAGAAGUUAUGAUUAUACUUAAACGUGAAUUUAAUUCUCCUGACGAUGAAAUGAAAAAGAUUGUUUUAAAAGUAUUAAAACAAUGUUGUGGAACAGAAGGUGUUGAAGCUAAUUACAUUCGUGAAGAUAUUUUAGAUCCGUUUUUUAAAUCGUUUUGGACACCUCGUAUGGCUAUGGAUCGUAGAAAUUAUGCUCAAGUUGUUGAUACAACAGUUGAAAUUGCUAUGAAAGUUGGUUCAGCUGAAAUUAUUGCCAGGAUCGUAGAUGAUUUAAAAGAUGAAAACGAACAGUAUAGGAAGAUGGUCAUUGAAACAAUAGAGUGUAUUAUUACACUUAUGGGUUCUAAUGAUAUUGACCAAAGAUUGGAAGAAUUAUUAAUUGAUGGUAUUAUGUACGCGUUUACUGAACAAACACAAGAAGAUGCUGUUUUACUCAAUGGUUUUGGUACAGUUGUUAGAUCAUUAGGUCUUCGAUCUAAAGCUUAUUUACAACAAAUUGGUGGUACCAUUUUAUUUAGAUUAAAUAAUAAAACUGCUAAAGUUAGGCAACAAAGUGCUGAUUUGAUUUCUCAAAUAUCUUCUGUACUUAAAGUAUGUGAUGAAAUUGAAAUGUUAAAACAUUUAGGUUUGGUUCUUUUUGAAUAUUUAGGAGAGGAGUAUCCUGAAGUAUUAGGUUCCAUUAUUGGAGCAUUAAAUGCUAUUGUUGAUGCUGUUGGUAUGACUCAAAUGACACCUCCAAUUAAAGAUCUACUACCCCGAUUGACACCUAUUUUAAAAAAUCGACAUGAAAAAGUAUUAGAAAAUUGUGUUUGUCUUGUUGGUAAAAUUGCAGAUAGAGGAAGUGAGUUUGUAUCUGCAAGAGAAUGGAUGAGAAUCUGUUUUGAAUUAUUAGAUUUACUAAAAGCGCAUAAAAAAUCAAUUAGAAGAGCUGCUAUUAACACUUUUGGAUAUAUUGCAAAAGCUAUUGGUCCACAUGAUGUAUUAGCAACUCUUCUAAAUAAUCUUAAAGUACAGGAGAGACAACUUCGUGUAUGUACUACUGUGGCUAUUGCUAUUGUUGCAGAAAGUUGCGCUCCAUUCACUGUUUUACCUGCAAUUAUGAAUGAAUAUCGUGUUCCAGACAUGAAUGUUCAAAAUGGUGUUCUUAAAGCUUUGUCUUUCAUGUUUGAAUAUAUUGGUGAAAUGGCAAAAGAUUAUGUUUAUGCUGUAACUCCUCUUCUUGUUGAUGCAUUAAUGGAAAGAGACAUUGUUCAUCGACAAAUUGCUAUUGAUGCAACUGCACAUCUAACUUUAGGAGUUUACAGUUUUGGUUGUGAGGAUGCAUUAAUUCAUUUAUUAAAUCAUGUUUGGCCAAAUCUUUUAGAAAGUUCACCUCAUGUUAUUCAACGUUAUAUUUUUGCUUGUGAUGCUAUGAGAGUUUCAGUUGGUCCUAUAAAAGUAAUGCAAUAUUGUUUACAAGGACUAUGGCAUCCAGCAAGAAAAGUUCGUGAACCUAUUUGGAAAGUUUUCAAUAAUCUUAUUUUGGGAUCUCAAGAUGCGUUAGUUGCUGGUUAUCCUAGAAUUGAAAAUACUGAUAGAAAUAAUUAUGUACGUGAAGAAUUGGAUUAUGUUAUUUAA